AUGUUCUUCAAUAAAACUUCUCCAAAGCACUCGUUCAGCAUCCCUGUCAACAUCAACCUGCAGGGGGCGCGUCAGAGGCAGACACGGGAGCUUCUUCACACCGCCGCGGCUCUGGACUCGCAGCGGGGCAGAGGGGAGGAAGGCCAGCAGAGGGCAAGGACGCAGACGCCAGAGUCCAGCACUGGGGAGGACCGAGCCAUCCUCCUGGGCUUCAGCAUGAUGGCCUUCUCCGUGCUCAUGUUCUCGGUGGUGGCCAUCACCAUGGUCAAGCCUCACGUCAACAGCAGGUGGGAAAAGGUCAGCGGCUGUGUCUUACUGUCCACCGAGGUCCAGGAUGAGGAGGUGGACUGCCGGGGGGUGAGCAAAGUGCCUUGCCUCAGGGCCACAGUCAAUCUCACCGCCUCCGGUCAGACGGCUCUGCUGCAUUUUGACGAAGAGGCUCUGGUUCUGGCGGCCGAGUGUUUCUACGUGCCCAAGUGCCGAAUGAGUCCCGAGGACCUUCAACAGGAGGUGUUGAAAGUAAAGAGCAGCCUGGACGCUCAUCUGGGCAGCUCCUGCUCCUGCUUCCUGGACCUCACCAGGCCCCCCGGCCACGUCAUCUUAAACAGGAACCACCCCCUGAGGAGGAGCCUGCGGGCCCUGCUGUGGCCCUCUCUGAUGCUGGGUGGCGGGGCGCUGCUGGUGGGCCUGGUCAAGCUGACCCAGUGCCUGGCUCACCUGUCCUCGCAGGUAUCCAGCCGGCCGUCUGGGGGGCUGGUUUCACAGUACAAGCAAGGAAAGUUCUACAGACUCGUGCGGUGGUCCAGUGCACAGACAUGA